GCUAUGCCUUCGGCGUCUACGAAACUAACCAAAAACAGCUGAUGCUUUCAGAAACCAUCUUGCAAUGGCGGAAGCAGACGUCGAGGAGAUUGAAGCGCUAAAAUCAGAAUUCGAAUGGAUUUUGCAAGAAGAAGUAAACAUUGUGUUGCAGCAGCUGCAAGACAUCAUGCUGGAAUGCUCCAAGCGUUUCCCGCACUCAUUCUCUGACCAAGAAAACCUAGUCAAGACUGACAAGUUGAUCCUGAACAGCACAAGCUCCACAGCUGCCCCUGAGCAAAUUAAAGUCCUGGCAACAAUGUCAGGGGAUAGCAUCAGCCACGCAGACAUUGCACUGCGCAUUCCCAAGCAUCCCGGCACCACCUUGAGGACAAUAGUGCAAAAUGACUGCCAGUGGAAGCUGCAGCAGGUGCAAGACGCGGGCAACAACCUAAUGACUGCUUUGCAACUGCUCACGCCGCCGCCACCGAAAACCAAGUUUGAGUUCAAGUCUGCAGAAGAAGUAACCCAGCUCAUGACCACCGUAAUGGGUUGCCUGCAGAGGGGUCGGGCGAGCCUCAUCAUUCCAAAGAAACGCACCAUCGACGAGAUUCUUGGAAGCCGGAACAUGAAAUCCUUGCAACCGCCACUGCCUCAAGAUCUGGGCGCCAGCUUCUAUGUGCAGUCCCACAAGCUCAUCUUUGCUGUGUAUUACGUCCAUAAGGACUCGCACGGCCAGCCGAAGUUUGAUGUCUUUCAGGCAGAGACGUCUGUGCCCUGGCUGAGUGAAGUCCUCGUACUGUUCACCAUAGCCCUGCAGCUCUGCCAGCAGCUUAAGGACAAGGUCGCCGUGUUCUACCAGUACAGGGAGUUCCACAUCCCGUAAGAGGAAACAAAGGUUCACAAGCUGUGUUGUGAAAGGACAGAGGAGAGGUGUAUUCAACGGGAUACUUAAGGAAGAACAACAACUGAGUCGGCACACUACCAAAGUUCUACACCUGUGAAGCUUCAGCUCCUACAGGAUGGUCCAGUUGGCAUCACUACUAUCGGCUGUGGCAGCUAAAAUUACUCAACUCGCCCAAAGGAAACACACUUACGUUUUUUUUUUUUUUUUUCUAACUUUCCCAGCGCUCAAAAAAGGUCACGGGUAUUGUGCAUAGGGCACCUGUUUAGUGAAAGGAAAAUUUUGCUAUGUUUAUGUACUAUUCUGGCGAGAAGGUAAUUGCACAGGUCACGACCAGGUCAGCUCUGGUCAGCUCUGGUCAGCUCUGACCAGGUCAGCUCUGGCAAGCUCUGGUCAUGAAAAACUCUUGCUACACUAUGGGCACCUACUUUCGUGUGUGUGGCCCUUUAUGUUUUAUUUAUAUAAUGAGUUUUGUUCUAGGCUGAUUAUGUUUACUCGCAUAGGUCUCAUCAGUAUUUGUGAAGUUAACACUUUUUCUCUGAGCUGUUGGAAUGAAUAAGUUUGCUAUUGCCACGAAUGAACUUACGAUAUACUUUUGCCUAAUUAAUGGGCCGACCGAAGGUAUAGUGAUAAGCAAGCAAAAACAAAGUCAUUAAAUGCAGAUGGUAGAUAGGCACUGUUUUGUCUAUCAGGCUUGCUAUCUGUGGAAGCCACUGUGGAAACUUUUUCUUUUUUUCAUUUUCUGAAGCUUUCUGUAUAAUGCAGCAGAACGUAGAACAAACACCAGAAUCAUUUUUUUGCUUUUAGUCACUCUUGACGUAGUUUAUACCUGUAAAUGGCGUGAUACAAAUUUGUGUCUUUAAGAUGUGUUUCGCAUUUGCUCGUCAUUUUAAGUGCAGAGAGUUGUCUUGCUUCAUACUGUAGCAAGAAAUGCGAAAGAAAAAGGCAGCUGUCUUGCAUUUCUCAACUAGAAAUCUUUGUGCAGACGACAAAUCAACAUUAUUUCUAGUCGUUUAGGCACCCUGCAAUGGUGUUAUCAAUUAGAGCUGCCAUCAGAGCUAACUGACGGAUAGCUAAGCGGCAUUACUCUUACGGGCAAAUGAAGCAUAAACAGGAGAAUUCGAACUUAAACAGCAAAGUAUAAGAUGGCAGCGAACAUUUGCAGUCAACAAAAAAAAUAAAAGUAGCUUUAACUUUCAGUGAGCCGUACUGGUCCACUUUCAGCAAUUAAUGUCAGCCAACCCUAUUCAGUGGCCUUGUUUCAUUUGUCUGCGAUGGGUAGUGUACUGUAUUGCGAUGUCGAGGAAGUGUUCAUUCAGCUUGUGCUUUUUUUGCCUUCAUCUGUGCUAGAAAAUAGAAGUCGUUUCCUCAAUCCCAUAUUAGUGUUGCCAGACGUAGCCAGCUAAAGGUUAAUAAAAUGACAUUGUCAUAGCGGUUAAUCAUAGCUUGAAUAUACAGAGUCGCAGAGUGCCUGUCGACUAGAUAGUUUACAAAGCAAUAAUUUCACUCUGCCAGCAUACAUGCAUGAUAUAAAGGGCAUAAUGUGUGUGCCGCACUUGGGUAGAGAUGUUAUCAAGCGUUGUGUGAUAGCUGCCAUUUAUAGGACGUUAUUUUUCAGUGUUUCUCGCUUACUUGUUUUUUCUGCACGUUUGUAUUAUAGUUUGUGCAUAUAUUAUGCAAAACUCUUUAUGUACAGUGUUUUUGGCAUAUACAUUAGGUUUUAUUUUUAACAUGGGGAACUCGGAAAAAAAAAGGAAAGCUACUGUAUUGUGGAUUUUAAAUGAGAUGCUGACAAUAUACUCGUUCCUUUCUUUUCUUUUCUUUUUGUCUUAAAUUUUUUUUUUCUCUGCAGCGAUUGUGCUCUAUGAAUGCGUGUUAUCGAAUGCUGUUAAUCAUGUAACAUGCUCAUUUAACGCGCUGCUAAUUGUGCGCUUGUCAAGAAUGGCCGCCACUGCGCACGCAUGCACGCGCUCCAGUAGCAAAGUCUUUUUUUUGCACUGCGCUUUGUUGUACCCAACAUACCUGCGUUAAGCUCCAUUGUCAAAUAGAUAAUACUUCUUUUGGCAUUGCAACAAUGCGCAUUACAGAGCACUUUCCCAGUAAAAUAGUACUUUGCUGAGUACUAGUAGCCACUAGUACUAGCACUUAGCUAAAAUGGUACACCACAACACUUUGCGGUACCUUAUGGUACCUUCUACGCUGUUCAUUCAAUGCGUAAAACCCACCAGGGAGACACGUUAACGCUUGGGCCAAGCCAGGAACACCUUGAGCUAUGUUUGUUGGCAGUGGUUUCCAUGUGAAUCGUUGCAGGGAAGUCAUGCUCCCCCGUCUAACUCCUGCGUGAUGGUGCGUGUGAAAGGGCAAUAGUGGCAGAAAUAUUCCCCAAAGGCACAUGAAAGCACUAAACCAAUCGGCCAACACAAAUUGCUCUAUGAAGACCAUGUUUUCUGGCAACCACUGUUGCUACUGGACAAACUACGGAAGAGUACGACAGAAACACAGAUGGCAAAAUGCAGUUUCUGUGCGACAUGCGAUUGCUAACAAACCUACAUUAGACUUGCACUCUUCUUUUACUUCCCAGCUGAGUAUGUAACUGUCUCUACUGUGUGUUAUAUCUGUAAUUGCGAUUUUGCAGAUAGAAACAAUCCUGCACUUAUGCAAAUAGAACCACCUUUUCCUCCAGGUUCGAUCACAUUUCCUUUAAUCAAUGCCAUGCACACAUACUGCAUGGAUCCACUAACUCGAGGCUAUUCUCUCCUUUCCGUUGAGUAACAUGGACUGUUGCAACUAAUUCCAUAGGUGAUGUAGUUGAGAGGUUGUAUGCUGGAUCAAGCUCGUUCAAAUUUUUAAUCAGAGUUGUUCAUGAAAACAUGAGGCUCACAUUACUAUCUAGUUAGUGCUAGUAUCACAACUUGUACUGAAGUGCAGCUAAUUAUGUGCAGUUGCAGUCUACUGUAGGUUACGUUGCUGGGGAAAGGGGUUCCAGUAUAAUGAACUGUUUUGGCGGAUCUGCUGGCCCUUGCACAUUCAAUAUUUGGAAAGGUGGCCAUUUCAUGAUUUAGUUUACUGCCAUGUUUACAUGCAUCAAUUGCCUGUUUCAACGGGGUAAAUUGACAGCGCACAUCGCCUGCGGCGAUUCCAGACAAAAGAAAUGCGUUUAAUCACACUUAAAGGAACAGUUGUGACAUCUGUUCCAAGGGGAAAAAAAACAGCUGCUGCAUGAAUGGGAGGAUGCGAAGCAGUUUCACACUCUGGGCAGCAAAUUGCACCACCAUCCCUCUUCCUAUGAAAAAAAAAAAUUCACUCGGCAACAAUGCAAGUGCGUACUCUCAAUUUUUUUUCAAAUUAAAUAAAUUCCAUUCAGUAUGAGAAAAUGUGGGGAGCAGUUUCAUUGCUCCAGGCAGCAGAGGGCAGCGCUGCCGUUCUUACUAAGAAAAAUCUGAAUUCUUUAUUCGGCAGCACUACAGACGCGUGUUCUCCGCUCAUUCCAAUUGAACAAAUCGGUGGCAAGUGCCGCAUUUAAGCAUGGCAUUAAAGUUCACCACAAGAACGUCGCCAUAUCAACGAGACAUUCCAUGGUGACUGAUUGAAAGUCCUUUAUUGUCGUAUUGCAAAGCAGUCUUACAUGGGAACCUAAUUCAAACACAAGAGCGUCCUCUCUUUUGAGAACAAUCACUUUCGUAGAUGGAGAAAUGCACUAAGUGAUCUAACACGAAAGGCACUGGUGUUACUACCUUCAUCGGCUGUUUGUCACUAGUGAUCGGUGUGCUGCAAUUUUUCUGCAACUGUGCUGUUAAAGAGAAUGUUUUAAGUCUGUGUGCUGUGGUAAAGCUGCUCUGCACAGUUGUGAUGUCUGCAGACAGUCGAAAUGUUAAGUAGCUUUUUUAGCAGUGUCUCAUGUAUUUCCACUUUUACAGAACAUUAUGUAUACUUUUGAAUUGUUUAUACCGUUUAUUGACAUUGUUUACUAAAUGUGCCAUUCUUUUUUGUUAUCCGUAUAGGAAUGAGUUGAAAACAAUAAAAUGAUCCUAACACAAUUA